AUGACAGUCUACGAGGAAAAGGGUCUACAGACCACCGCCCCGCUCAAUGUCUCUCUGGAGCCCUUCAACGUCAGUGAGGACGACACAAAGCCCCUUUCGUGGGAUGGCGACCACGACCCUGAGAACCCUUACAACUGGCCCGUCGCGCGAAAAUGGGCGUUGACAUGCCUCGCCGCUUUCGCGACAUUUUUGUCUAUGAUGAAUGGAACCAUCAUCACGGUCGCACAUUUCGAGAUCUCUGAAGUCUUCAGCGUGACCGAGACCUCGUUUCCGAACUCAUAUUGGCCGGUGACAACGUGGGCAAGCGGUGGAGCUUGCUCUGCUUUGUUCAUCCUCCCUCUGGCAGAAGAAUUCGGAACUCGCCCCGUCUUUCUGUCGACAUACCUCCUUUUUCUAUGCUUCCUCGUGCCCCAGGCCGUCGCUCAAAAUUUUGCUACACUGGUUGUCACUCGCUUCUUUGCCGGCGGCUGCGUUGCGAUUCUGGCCAACACGGCUGCCGGGGUUGUCGGCAACAUUUGGAGCACAGACUGGGCAAGAUCUGUUCCAAUUAGCUUAUACAUCUUGGGCUAUAUGGCAGGUAGCAGCAUGGGCCCGGUAAUGGGUGCUGCAGUAUUUGAACACUUGGGAUGGAGGUGGGUCGGCUAUAUCCAGCUCAUUUGGUUUGGGGCCCUGUUCCCAAUAUACUACUUCUUCAUGUAUGAGUCCCGCGGUUCGGCUAUUCUUGCGCGGCGAGUGCAUACCACCAACAAACAAAAGGAGAUGGAACACGUCGAAUUCAAGAAUGAAAGAACGAGCUCGGCCACGAAAGUGCGCGAGUUUCUUCACAUUUCGACAAGGCCUAUCGUCCUGUUUUCCACAGAGCCAGUGUUAUUCGUCUCGACGGUGUGGUCUGCAUUCACAGUGGGAACACUGUUUCUGUUCACUCAAUCAGUUGAGCAAGUUUUCAUGGAUCUCUAUGAUUGGAAUGUUUCUCAGACUGGUUACGUUCAGUGCUCGGUCGUUAUUGGGGAGUGUUUAGGAUGGGGCCUGAACUUCAUUUCUCGAAAGCUUUAUUUCAGCUCUGCCUCGCGAAGCACUGAAGUCCCAGGAACCCCAAUUCCGGAGGCAAGGCUCUAUAUGGCCGUUCUAGGGGGUGUCCUUGGGAUCUCAGGGGGCAUGUUCACCUACGCCUGGACUUCUUAUCCGGAUAUCCCUUGGAUUGCACCCGCGCUGAGUUUGGCAUUGGUCGGAGCUGGCAGUGUCCUAGUUGUGACAGGUGUGUCAGACUAUGUGGUUGAUGCGUACAGCGAUUACGCUGGAAGCGCAAUGGGUGCUGUCGCAGGUGGUGAGAACAUUUUCUCUGCUUUCUUGCCACUGGCUACCAUGAGCAUGUACAGGGAACUCGGACUUCAGUGGGCGAGCACCCUGCUGGCUCUCAUAUCCUUGGUGCUAUCUCUUGUACCAACUUUGAUGUUCUUCUGGGGAAAAGAAAUUCGUGCGCGCAGUCCCUUCAUGAAUCGCAUGAAGGCUGAGCCCAACAAAAAAUAUGAGGUGGUAUAG